AUGACUAAGGUUAUUAUCAUCGGUGGUUCCUAUGCUGCUACCAAAGCUGCUAAGCUUACAUUGGAGAUAGACCCAAUUGUUGAAGUGACUAUGGUGACUCCUUCAUCCAGUGUCUUCUUUAACGUUGCAUCCCCAAGGGCUCUCAUAGAGUCCAACAUCGUUGAUCAGCUCAUAAUCCCUCUCAAAAAGGUCCUUGGCUCAACCUUGUAUGAGCGAUGCACGAUCGUUAACGAUUUUGCAGAUUCUGUUGAUUUAGCUGCUAAGACCGUCACUACUAAGAGUGGUGAAGUUCUCGUGUUUGACUAUUUGAUUGUGGCAUCAGGAUCCCAAUCGAAAUCACCGGCAUUUAAAAUGAAUGGUGAUUGUGAAACCUCCAAAACUACAUUAUUAAGUUACGCCUCAAGACUUUCUUCUUCUGGAACCGUGGGUAUUGUCGGUGGAGGAGUAACUGGUGUCGAGGUAGCUGGUGAAAUCGGUUCACUUGGUACUAAGAAGGUUACUUUGAUUUCUGGAGGUGUUUCUCCUAUGAGUGCUAUUUCCAAAUUAUCUGAAAAAGCAGCCAAAAAGUUGAAGGAUUUGAAUGUGGAGAUUAUAAAUGACUUAAAGGUUCAAAAUUUUGAUGAAAACCUGGUCAAUUUGAGCAACGGUACUACUUUGCAAUUCGACCUCGUCAUUCCCACUUUUGGUAACAAGCCAAACUCGCACUUCUUACCAGCUUCAGUCCUUGAUGAUAAAGGAUUUGUAGUGGUUGACAGUCACUUGAUGGUGAAGGGAUAUGGCAAUGUUCUCGCUUUUGGUGAUAUAGCCGACAUUGGUGAUAAUACGCUAAUAGAGAUCGACAAGAGGCAAGUUCCAGUCCUUAAGGCCACAUUAGGACACUUAUUUAAAGGCACCAAUUUAGUUGAGUACAAUGAAAACAAAAUGAAGGAUACCAUUAUAAUUCCAAUUUCUAGAGAUGGAGGAGUAGGUAUGAUAUCUGGCUGGAGUGUUCCUAAUUUCAUUGUUCGUAUGCUCAAGUCCAAAACGUUCUUUGUUGAUAGAGCGGCAUCGAUUUUUUAG